AAACACAAGCAAACAUCUGACGGUCCCUCAUGGCCGCUACACGGCGCUAAAGCAGUAUUUCUCACUUCACCAAACUCACUGUCCGGACAGAAGAGAGGGGGAAGUGUGGUUUCAGAGGGGCCCGACUAACUCACAGCUCUCGUCUUCUUUCUGGUGCAGACUUUCAAGUAAGAUGCUUGCCCUGCUCAGUGUCCUCCUGCUUUCGUCACACGUCCUUUCUCUCGUCCAAUCAAAGUCGUGCGACGAAGAGACCGAGUACUUAAAUGACAACACAUGCUGCAAAAAAUGUAAACCAGGAGAGUUUGUGAUAGAGCACUGCAACCAAAAAAAGGCUGUCACGUGUGGCCAAUGCACCAAUGGCUUCUUCAUGGAUGAAUACAACAACAACUUCAACUGGUGCCAUAACUGCAGAACGUGCACCCAAAACCAUAUGAAGUAUGAGAAGAACUGUACGUCGACACAUAAUGCAGUGUGCACGUGUGUCGAGGGCUACCGAUGCAGAGACAGUGCAUGCAAUGAGUGUGUGAAAAACCAGACAGCAACUGUUCACUCUCCUGAUUCUGCUCUACAGUUACCGGCCACCAAUGAUAUAGUGUGGAUCUCGGUGAGUCUUUGUUGUGCGUGUGUGUGUGUGUGCGUUCUGCUCACCUGUUUCUAUCUCAUCAGCAGACGUGCACGACAAUGUGGAUGGAUCAUGUCAACAUUACCCGGUCUCUGGCACCGCGACAAAAACAAUUCUAGAUCCAGUCAGUGCACAGAGGAAGAGAAGGUACCGAUGCCUGUGCAGGAGAUGUGUGGAAAGAUUGAAAAACUGGAGGAUGUCUGAGAAAAGAGCAGGAAGAAGACGGCUGAUGUGUCUAUGGAUAGAAAUUUUCUAACUUUUCUGAAACAAACCUGUUGCUGCCAUUUAUGCAAAAGAAGAUCUGCACCCGGGUGGCCAUCUGAAGGUUCUGUGAGAAUGACAGAGAGAUUAGUGUCGCCGCGGCAUGUAAGGGCACACUUACCAUACAGCAAAUUAAGGUUUUAUUCUCUACACGCUUAUUUGUAAUUAUAAUUUGGUCGUUUUUGCCCAAAACAGACUUUUUUUUUAACUUGUAUAGAAACGUAUAAGUACAAGUUUUUUAACUUUUUAAACUUAUGAAGAUAUUUUAUGUUAUUUUUGAAGGUUUCAUAUAUUGUAAUAACGCGAAGUCACGGAAGUCGCAUCUGUACAACUAUACUAAAUAUUGUUUCAGAUAUCUUUAAAAGACGUUUUUCGCUGGGAAUGUAGCACGUCGUUUCCUGGAUGUGUUUUGCGCCGGCCGCCCAGUUGUAUAAAAUGAAAAAACGCAAUUGCAUUUGUAUGCGCUAUCUUGCAGCGAAAUGAAUAAAGUACUCUGAAAAACGUA